AACAACUCCGAAUGGACCGCAGGGUCAGAGUGGAGAUCAUUUUUCGUCUUCUGGUGGACAUUUCAACAUGACCGACAAGAACCGUGCAGCCAUCAUAGAACUGGCUAAACAGCCAGGCAACAACACCUGUGCAGACUGUGGUGCCGAAAAUCCGGAGUGGGCCUCAGCAUCUAAAGGCAUCUUCAUUUGUAUCCACUGCAGUGGUGUUCACAGGAAUUUAGGAACACAGAUAUCUGUUGUGAAGUCUUUAAGGCUCGAUACUUGGCACGAUGAUCGACUUCAGUUUAUGACUGAACAUGGCAAUGCGAAAGGGAAUGCAAUUUGGGCUAAGAAUGUUCCAGUGUGGUAUAGGAUUCCAAAGUGCACAGAUCCAUACGUUUUGAAAGAGCAAUGGAUAAGAGCCAAGUAUGAGAGACAGGAGUUUGUUGAUGGAGCUCCUAAUCCAUCUUAUGACUUAAAUGGAGGAUUAAAAAAAGGCAAACUAAAGAAGAAGAAGAAGAAGGAAGAUAGUUGGAAUGAGAGAUUAUUUAUACUUUCUGAGAAGGAGGAUUCGUUAGCUUACUUCUUAAAAGAAACUGACACAGUGCCCAAGGAAGAUUUAAGAGUAUCAGAAAUUAAUGUGGUCUUUGCUGACGAAAAGACUCAUAAACCAAAUAGUUUACAAAUAACAUGGCUAAAAGAUGGACAAACUAGGAACUACUUUGUGGCCUCCGACUCAGGAGAGGAGAUAAUUGAUUGGUAUAUGGCUAUAAGAGCUGCAAAGUUUAAUAUUCUUGGACUAAGCAGACCUGGAGUCAAGCGAGAAGAGAUCAGUGAUCUUUUGACUAGAGAUUUCGCACAAGAAGGAUUCCUUUGGAAGACAGGACCGAGGCCUAAUGAAGGAUUUCAAAAGCGAUGGUUUACACUUUCUGGUAGGAGACUGUUGUACUUUGAAAAGGAAAUGGAUGCACACCCCAAGGGAGAAAUCCAAAUAGGUUCCAAAGAUAAUGGUUUUGAUGUGACAGAAUGUGAAAACUCCUCUAAAAGGAGCCAUUGUUUUACUCUAAAAACCCCACAACGAAUCUACAAUUUAAGUGCUGAUGUGCCAAAUGAAAAAGACAUGUGGAUGAGUGCGCUCAAGGCCGUUAUUGAGCGUCCAAUUUCUGAGAAGGAGAAGCGUGAGGUAGAGAAAGCUCAAGAACAACAUAACCAAAAGAAGCGAUCAUCACUUCACAGAAGGAAGAAGUCACACUAGAUCAAUACUGCUGGACAGAUAUUAUUCCAU